AGCUAGUAUCCAGAUUGUCUGGAUCAGUGUUUCUUAGCCUUUUAUAUACGGUUGACCCACCCAGUCACCACCUCCGGACCUCCCGCCCUCGACUGAGCCACAUUGCACUGACCGUGGGCCUGGGUGUGCCGCCCGUCAUCGCUGACCUAUGUUGAGCCGCUGGGUAGUUCAGGCCCGCUUGUCCUUGACCGCCGGCCGUUGGUAGUGGUGAGCCUCCGGGUCCCAGUAUGGCGCUGACGGUGGGCCGCGGGCCCGUGGGAGUGGAUCGCGGGGUGGCCAUCGUCGAGGCCGAGAUCGCCGCGUUGUGUUUGGCCUUGAAACGCGGUCACAGUCAAACCUGGUCGCGCCAUCACUCGCCGCACGAAGACACGCCCGCCUCGUUGCAUCCCACCCUGUUGCGGGCCUGCCUGACCUUGAAACGCGAGCUGUCCGCGCCUGAGAAUGGACAUGAGCCCGACCCGCAUUUGUUUUUGGCGCCCUUCUUGGACGUGAUUCGCUCGGAAACGGUCACGGGCCCCAUCACGGGUCUGGCUUUGAGUGCCGUGCAGAAAUUUUUAAACUAUGGACUCUUACGAGCGGAUCAUCCGCACAUUGGACCGGCCGUGGAGAACCUGGCCGAUGCCGUGACCCAUGCCCGAUUUGUGGGUGUGGAUCCGGGCGCCGACGAGGUGGUUCUUAUGAAGAUCAUGGAGGUAUUGCGGACGUUGAUGCUCUCACCCGUGGGCCUGCUUCUCACCAACGAGAGCGUGUGCGAGAUCAUGCAGAGCACGUUCCGGAUCUGUUUUGAAACUCGAUUGAGUGAGUUGUUACGGAAAACCGCCGAACACGCCCUCAACGAUAUGAUUCAGCUCCUGUUUACCCGCUUGCCUACAUUCACCGAGGAGAACCUGCCCCUCCUGAAGAAACUCAAAAUGCGGAGUAGUCACGGCGAAGGGGGUAAAACCCACCGGAAACCCGCCGGAUCGUCAGUCAGGUCCACAAAGACCAAACCCGUUCGACCUGCCGUGACCACCACGAGUACCAGCCCGUCAACGGCUCCACCGUCGUCGACUACGACCGAGGUGUCAAUAAUCCCACAAGCCCCACCCACCAAACCCGUGACCAGUCCUGAAUCCUCUCAAGUGUCGUCAGUGUCCUCGCCCACGGUCGAGGCACCGCCCAAUUUCAAUGUGGAUGCGGAUGUGUUGGCACGGUCGCCUUCAGGCAGUGUGACGGAUUUAAGCGUGAUGCCCGCCAGUCCCGUGGAAUCCCCGCUGGAAGAGGGUCCAUCCAGUUUGCCGGACAUGCCGAGUGAAAGUGACCCCGUGGCCAUCACGGUCACGUCACCCAAAGGCACGGAAACGCCCCUGGGCUCGCCCACUCCCGGACCGGAAGAGGUCCCGGGGGAGGCAGACGCCAAUGAAUCUGAGUUCACCAAUGCCCAAGGGGUGACUUUCACCCCCACAGUGGAUGCGGUUGACGAGGGAGGGUCUCUCAUCCCCUACGGAUUGCCAUGCGUGCGAGAGCUCUUCCGCUUUCUGAUCUCGUUGACGAAUCCCCACGACUCCCACAAUCAGGACGCCAUGAUCCAGAUCGCCUUGAACUUGCUAGCCACGGCCUUGGAGACGGGGGCCGAGCAUUUGGAUUGCUUCAAGUCCUUGUUGGAACUAGCUCGUGAUGAUCUGGCCCGAAACCUGGUCAGUCACUUGUCCACGGAGCGGAUCAAUGUGUUUGCCACGUCCUUGUGGGUGAGCUACAUGCUCUACGAGGCCCAACGCAAGCACCUGAAGUUCCAAUUGGAGAUCUAUCUGACGAAGCUCAUUGAAGUGGUGUGUUCGGAGUCGCAGAAAGUCACCUAUGAGCACAAGGAACUGGCUUUGGAUAUCGUGGUUCGGUAUUACCGCAUCCCGGGAUUCCUGACCCAGCUUUACUUGAAUUUUGAUUGUGACUUGUACACCUCGAAUAUCUUUGAGGAUCUGACCAAGAUGUUGUCCAAGAACGCGUUCCCGGUGUCCGGAUUGUACAGUACCCAUUUCUUAUCGUUGGACGCCCUUCUGACCGUGAUCGAGGCCAUUGAGAGCCAAUGCCAAAAGCGAAUCACCAGUGGAGAUCGAGCCGCCGAGAAACCCGCACUUCCGACCUCGGAAAGCUCGGGAAAAGUCGUAAAACUCGCGGGCCAAGAGGAUUUCAAGAUCCCCAGUCACGAGGAGGUGAUGGCCCUGAAACAUAAGAAGAAGCUCAUCCAAUCGGCCACCGAGCAGUUCAAUGCCAAACCAACCAAGAGCAUCACCUUCAUGCAAGAGAACAAGCUCAUCCAAUCGCCGCUGGACCCGAUCGAGAUCGUCGAGUUCAUGCGCAAGAAUCCACAUCUGGACAAGAAGCAAUUGGGCGAGUACAUCUCCAAUCGCAAGAACCUGCACGUCCUGGAAGCGUUUGUGCAAUCCUUUGACUUUGCUGGACUGCGAGUGGACGAGUCAUUGCGAUUGUUCCUGGAAGCAUUUCGACUGCCUGGUGAGGCUCCGCUGAUCCAAUUGGUCCUGGAGCAUUUCGCCGAGCAUUGGCGAUCCAGUAAUGACGGCGUGUUGGCCGAUGCGGAUGCUGCAUUCACGCUCUCCUAUGCCGUGAUCAUGCUCAAUGUGGACCAACACAACAAGAACCACACCCAACGGAACGAUCCCAUGACGGUGGAACAGUUCAUCCGCAAUCUCCGCGGGACCAACGGCAACAAGGACCACGAUCCCGAGAUGCUCCAAGAGAUCUACCACGCCAUUCGGCAAGAAGAGAUUGUCAUGCCCGCCGAGCAAACGGGUCUGGUCCGGGAAAACUAUCUCUGGAAAUGCGUCUUGAAGCGGGGCACGGAGCCGUGUAGCCGUUUUCUGUUGGCGCCUAACGGGUUCUUCGACCAUGAUAUCUUCUCCAUCAUAUGGGGAUCCACUGUGGCGGCUCUUUCAUACGUGUUCGACAAGAGCAAUGAUCCCGCGGUCAUCAAUCGGGCUCUGAAUGGCUUCCAGAGGUGUGCCAUGAUCGCCGCUCACUAUCACAUGAGCGAUGUAUUCGACAAUCUGGUCAUUUCCCUAUGCAAGUUCACCACCCUCCUGACCGUGAAUGAGCCGCCUUUGCAAUUCGUGCCCAACUUUGGGAUGAACCCCAAGGCCUUGAUGGCCACGAGAAUGGUGUUCACCUUGGUGCAAAAACAUGGCGAUAUUCUACGCGAUGGUUGGCGAAACAUCACGGAGUGUCUGCUCCAGUUGUUCAAGUGUCAAAUGCUGCCCAAGGCCAUGAUGGAGGCCGAGGACUACAUUGCCAGUGCUGGGAGAAUCAAGUUGUUCCGCGAAGAGGUCCAAGAGAACAAAGUGGAGCAGGGCUUCUUGAACUCGUUCGUGUCCUUCAUAUCGAUGUCGAGUGAGGCUCAACCCAAGGAGCGAACACCGGAGGAGGAGGAGUACGCCCAAACCGCCCAAAAGUGCAUCAAGGACUGCAAUCUGGAAUCGUUGAUCUCGGAGUCCAAGUUCUUGUUGGCCGAGAGUCUCCAGGAGAUGAUCCGAUAUCUGAUCAUUGAUUCGGAUCUGGACGAGGUAGACGACGAGCACGCGCGCCUGUUCUUUCUGGAGAUGAUCACCAAGGUCGCCAUUCAGAACCGGGAUCGGAUUCAAGUGAUUUGGAUGUCCGUGUCCGACCACUUGGCCCGAUUGAUCAUGUCCUCCUCGAGUGUGGACAAGCAGUUCAUGUUGGAACGCUCCGUGACCUCUCUUCUCCGAUUGGCCGUCCGAUUGUCUCGCAAAGAGGACCUCGCCUCCACCGUUGUCCAGUCUCUCCAGAUAUUACUGGCCAUGAAAAUUCAAGUGGUACGCCAAGUGGCCGCUCACAUCGCUUUCGGCCUCCACGAGCUUCUGCGGAACAACGCGGCCAACAUCCACGAGACCCACGAUUGGGCCAUCAUUUUCGCCCUCAUUGAAAUGGUGGGAACAGGAGCCAAUCUUGAGAUCCCGGUGCGCGUGCCCGCGUCGGCCGUGCCCGCGUCGGCCGUGCCAGCCAGUCCGAGAACCGCCAAGGACGAGGAUUCUGGACACGAAUCCGAGACCAACACCAUCCACUCGGGGGCGGGCAGUCCCAUGCGAGAGCGAUCCGAGUCCAUCAGUUCCUCCGGAGGUUGGAUCGUAUUAGGCGGCGGUAGUAGUGCGAGUUCCUCCAUCAAGGGCUUCAAUGGUGCGACCAUGCCCGCGGUCAAUGGCGGCUCCCGCUCCAGUCUGGAAAAGAUCAAUCAGUUCGUGGCCAUCAAGCCGAGGAAACUCGUAUGGCACAACUCGUUGGCUUAUUUGAAGUGCUGCGAGUCUUUGGGGUUCUUGGUCCGAGAUGUGGCCCAUAUCACGCCGGAUAAUUUCUUCUCGUGCGUGCAAGCCCUCCGGACAUUCGUAGAGGCCAGCUUCGUCCCUCGUCGGGCCGACCAGGAUCACGGUGGAAGCAGCAAACACGAGGGUCCCCAACCCGCAGCCAACAGUCGAAGUCAGGUGAAAAAGACCCCCGCCGGGCGGCAACCGCCCAUGCGAAGGGCCCAAUCCGCUCCCAACCACCACAAUUCGGAUUAUGAGGCGGAUGAGAGUGAUAGCGACGAUCUGAGUAGUGAAUACCACCACGUGGCCCUGCAGCUCUUGGAUCUGAUGUACACACUUCACACGAGAGCCGGGGCCAUUUACAAGUCUUGGGCGGAGGAAGGGGGUAAUGAGGCCUUGGCGGACGAGACCAGUUUGUGGGGGAUCGCCUGGUGUCCACUGCUCCAAGGGAUGGCGCGAUUCUGCACAGACCGACGUAGUCUGAUUCGAACCACGUCCUUGACCACCUUGCAACGUGCCCUCCUCUUUCCGGAGCUGCAGAACUUGUCCCCCGCUGAGUGGGAAGGGGCCUUCAACCAGGUCCUGUUCCCCAUGCUCAACCAAUUGCUAACCAAGAGCACUCCGGGUGAGAAGACUGCCAUGGAGGAGACUCGAACCCGAGCAGCCGCUCUUCUGGGCAAGGUCUAUCUGCAACACCUCCAAGCUUUGGCGACCUUGCCCACGUUCACCGCGCUUUGUAUGACCAUCCUGGACUUCAAUGAGAGGUUCAUGAAGUCGGCCACAUCGGAUCAUUUAGCUGAUGCCAUUCCCGAGACGCUGAAAAACAUGCUCCUAGUCAUGGAUGCCACCCCGGGCGUCUUCUUCAGUCCCGAGGGCCACCCCACCCAAACCUGGCGCCAGACCUGGGAACGAUUGGACACGUUUCUGCCCAAUCUGAUGAAGGAGCUCUUCAACCACAAGGAUCGGACCCACCCGUCAUUGGCGGCUUUGGAGCAAACCGCCACGGUGUCCAACGGAUCCGUGGCGUCGGAACCCAUCAUGAUCCAGGAACGACUCCCGCAUUCCCAUCCCGAGUCUUUGCCCAGCAAUUUCAACAUUGAAGCAUUGGCCACGGCGUCCACCAUGUCAGAUCCAGUGGGCAUGGGACAGCCCCCGCUCUCGCCCAUGGAUGCGCCCAUCAUGUCUUCGGCCGUGUUCCAAUCCGUGCCCAAUGUGGUCUCGGCGGUGGCCAAUGAGCCCCUCCCUCCUCCCUGUGAUAUGAUCAAGGCAUCAUCCACCAGUGAUCUCUCCGAGAAGCCCCGGAUGAGUCAGGGUUCGUUCACCUUCGAGCCUCUCCCGCGACUCCCGGGACUCCCGUCAUCCACGGUUCGGAAUGCCACCACGGUCACCACGGUUCACGACCCACCGCCUUUGGCUCGGUUCCAAAUUCCCUCCAUGCCCGAGAUCGCUCCGUUGCCGCCUCCACCCAUCAGUCUGGCUCAGAGUCCGCCGGUCAUGAGUAGGGACACGCCGAGUAACGGAUUCCAACCGAUACACGUGGCCAAUCCGACCUCGAGUGCCAUGAGUGCCCCCAUGGUCAACCCCAAAGCCAUCCCGGCCCCCAAUCCCCAAUUGUCUUCGUAUUUCAGUCACGGAGCUCAGCUACCCAGCACGAUUUCCAACGUGCCGGGCAACAACAUCCUGACCGCUGCAUUUUCGCCCACUUUACCCACCAAUUCCACCAAUCCGGUGGUUUUAGGAGGGCAGCAUCAUGAAGAACCUCCCACGUCAGGCUCGUGAGAGGUGCCAUACUUCCAUGGGAGAUGAUGGGUAGGAUCCCUCAGAGAUCAAAAAUGGAUCCAUGUGAGUGACCUGGGUUCAAGUCAGGAGGUGGAUUUGUGGACGGAAGCCCCACAGCUCUGUUGCUCCUUUUCAAAAAAUGCGCCCUUGUCCCCGAGGAUAAUCUUACUGGUUGCCUCGGUUUCAUAUUCCUACAUAUAAAUAUUGGUUUAGUUUGUAUAUCUAGUGACGAGUUUCUUUGACAUUAUUGUUUAUGGAAAAUAAAAUUAUAUCUCAGA